ACACCUGUAAUGGCAAAGAAGUGACUGAGAGGUCCUUAAUUGUAAAAACAAUGCCAAUUUUGGAAGGUUUGAAGAAGGAUGUUCUUCAAGAAAUGCCUGUUUUUGAACGAGAAAUCGCCAUAUAUGCAAAAGUUCUUCCUGAAAUGAAAAGGAUAAUGGAUUCCAUUGGGGAUGAUGAGAAAAUAGCUCCAAGCUUGAUUUAUCACAGUUCAAAUCCACCCGUUAUUAUCCUGGAAGAUAUUUCACAGAAAGGCUUUAAAAUGCAUGGAAAAUUAUUUGAUUUUGAAGAUGUUACCAAAAUUGUGAAGAAGAUGGCAAAAUUUCAUGCUCUUUCCAUGUACAUAAAUGAGAAUAAAUCUGAAAAGGAUUUUAAUCUCCCUGACUACGAUGAGGUUUAUAUAAAUGAGAAAUCAAUUGAUAAAAUGCGAGUUUUUUUUGAUGGAAUGUCCGUGCUUAAGGACUACGUUAAAAAUUGGCCAGGAUAUGAAGAAAUUUCGGAAAAAGUGGCAAAGAUUCCGCCAAAAUUUCUGCAGAAACUCCUCAAAAUUUACAAAGCAAAUCCCGAACCUGGACUUAAUGUCCUCUGCCACGGAGAUAUCCAAAUAAAUAAUAUGAUGGUUUUGAAGAAUGGACAGGAUAUUGAGGAAAUAAUCUUCCUGGACUUUCAACUCUCCUUCUGGGCAUCACCAGCAAUUGAUUUGCUCUACGUCCUCUAUGUAACUGGAACUGUGGAUGUGAGACAGAGAAAAGAUGAGGUCCUUUUACUCUAUCACCGUGCCCUCACGGACUACCUACAACGCAUAGGAUUCCACCAGGAGGGUCCUCCUUCACUUCAAGAUUUGCACAUUGAUAUGCUCAAACUUGGUCAGAUGGAAAUUCUCUUGGGAUUGUGCUUCCUACCAAUGUUCUACAUUGAUAAAUCUCAAGUGGAUAUGAAUGCUUUUGCCGAACCAACUGCUCAGGCCAUUGAGAAAUUCUAUCAUGCUUUCUACACCAAUCCCAAGUUUACGGAUGUGCUAAAGGAUAUUCUUAAAUCCCUUUGGUACAGAGGAAUUCUUGAUUGAGGAAUUUGCUUUGAUUCAAAUAAUUCACAUUUAAGUUGGAUUUGGGGGUUUUCUUAUCAAUUAUUAUAGAAGUCAAUGACUUUAUCAAUAUAAGAGAUUGUUUAUGUAAAUAUUUGUAAAAUAAAUAAAACCAGCAUAAAA